GAAGCUACUUCCCGUAUAAAUAUUUUGUUCAAACAGUUCAGUUUUUGCUGUGUGAAAACGUGUAAAACGAUCUAGAAACAUCUGUUUUAAAACCUGGAAAGCAAUUGAUAUUGAGCCUCAACAUUCAMCUGUAACUCUUGAAAGAGACGACAAACGCAUGUAAAGAAAGGCUCAGGAUAUCUUCGCAUCGCAACAAUGUGGACAACUCCGUUGUUUAUUGUUAUGGCUAUUGCCAUAGUAACAGGGAAUGCCAUCACCAUGGUGAUAUUCACAACUUCUCGUCGUCUYCGAAUGCGUAAAUAUGUCCUAAUAGCCAAUUUGGCGGUAGCGGAUUUUUUUGUUGGUCUAAUAUCAGUUCCUAUGUACAUAUCCUUGCUCGUAAAGGGUACACGCCACUUCUCAAGUACAUUUGAAAGAGUAUAUAGAAUACAAGAUUCCUUAUUUGGAACAGCAUCACUGUUUGCUUUGGCAGCCCUUGCUGUUGAAAGAGCAUACGCAACAUAUUUUCCCUUCAAAUAUGUUUCCCUGAGGAGAAUCAAUUAUUCUUUUGGUAUAGCUCUAGGGUGGCUUUCAGCUUCGCUGUUAGGUUUACUGCUAUUUUAUCUUGACCGAGUAAUCAAUGUUGCUCUUGUACUAGUGUGCAUUUCAGUCUCCCUGGUAACAGUUAUCAUUGCCUAUGCUCUUAUAUGGAUACAGAUGACAUGCGCAAAACACUCGGCACAUCAAGCCAUCUAUAACUCCAACAAGAAACUGACUAUCUCGCUUGCAAUCAUCAGUCUGAUCACGCUUGUUGCAUGGAUACCAUUGAUUGUCAUUCAAGUGGAGCACUUUAUCUGCUCCGAUGUAAUUUCUUCCUGCAAUCCAAUCAUACUAUCAUAUGAAUUCGCCGCAGCUGCCAAAUGGCUUCAAUAUGGUAACUCGGUGGUAAAUGUCAUUGUUUACUCAUUACGCUUGCGUGAAUUUAAAAAAGAAAUGUUGCGCAGGCUCAGGUGCAGCCGCAUCCUUCCAUUGCACCAAGAAAGAUUUGAAUUGCAAAACGUCGAUAACGUCGAUCAUCCUGACAAUGGCAACAUGAAUGACAACUAAAGCCGUGUGAAGUAAUGAACUAUGACGUCAUCAUAGCACGAUCUAAACAACACGAACGACAAAAAUACAAUGGAUUGCUAUUCGAUUAAACUGCACCAUCUUAAAUGGAGUCAAGCUAUGAAUAGAACCUCGCCUUGAAUUUGGCAGACCAUUUUUAACUGAUGAAAAUUAUACGUAAAAUAAGUAAAAUUUGUAAACCAAAUUGAAAACUAGACGAUCAGCAAUC